GUCCGCCAGCGCGGGGUUUUCCCUCUUUUCUUCAUCCCUCAUUUCUCUUCAACCUCUUCCUACACCUCAAUGCAGGUCGUAUAGCAUCAUGAAUCUCCACCGCAUCGCCAGCCACAAUUUACACACAUUUCGUCACAAUCCCACGGCGGAGAUUUCCGGCGCGCUGGGCGACCUAGGCACAUUCCUGCCCAUCGCCAUCGCCCUGGCCCUCCAGCAUUCCGUCUCCCUCUCCGCCACGCUGGUCUGGUCGGGACUAUGCAACAUCCUGACCGGAGCCGUCUUUGGCAUCCCGCUGCCCGUACAACCCAUGAAGGCCAUCGCGGCCGUCGCUCUCGCCCGCGACUUCGGACCCAAGCCACUGGCCGCCGCGGGACUCUUUGUCGGCGCCUGCCUGGCCGUCUUUAGUGUCACGGGCCUGUUGCACCGCUUCUCCCACGCCAUCCCCAUCCCCGUCAUCAAGGGAAUCCAAAUCGGCGCUGGUCUGUCCCUGAUCAUUGCCGCCGGCUCUAACAUGCUGUCGUCUCUGCACUGGUUGCACCCCUCGUGGGCCGACAACCGCAUCUGGGCCAUUGCCGCCUUCCUCGGCCUGGUGAUUGCCAACGUCUACCGUCGCGUACCGUACGCGCUGAUCCUAUUCGUCAUAGGCCUGGUUUUUGCCAUCAUCUGCGCCGCAAUCGCAGGUCAUCUCCCAGCCGUUGAGUUCUGGCGUCCCUCCGUCAUCGGGUUCCCCGGCCCCCACGCAUGGCGCAUCGGGGCCUUAGACGCGGGACUCGGCCAGCUACCCUUGACGACGCUCAACUCAGUCGUCGCAGUCGUCUACCUCGCCGCAGACCUGCUUCCCGAGGUUCCCACCCCCACCGUGACAGCUGUGGGGCUCAGCGUCGCAGCCAUGAAUCUCACGGGCUGCUGGCUCGGUGCCAUGCCUGUCUGCCACGGGUCCGGCGGGCUAGCCGCGCAGCACCGCUUUGGCGCCCGCUCCGGCGCCAGCGUCAUCUUCCUCGGCGCCGUCAAGGUCGCCGUGGGGGUCUUCUUCGGGGAGUCCCUUCUCCCGUUGCUGAAGCGCUUCCCGUCGGCUCUGCUGGGUGUGAUGGUCAUCGCGGCGGGGCUGGAGCUAGCCAGCGUCGGGGAGAGUCUGAACACGACAGGGGCGCGCGAUCUCGCCAAAGCCCGCCCGUUGGAGGUCCUGGGCGAUGACGACGCGAGGCAGGAGAUCGGGCCCCUGCUGAGCGAGGACGAGCGCAAGCGCCGCUGGAUGGUCAUGCUCGUCACGGUGGGGAUGCUGGUGGGGUUCAAGAAUGAUGCGAUUGGAUUUGCUGCGGGUAUGCUCUGUCAUUGGGGGUAUCAAUUGCCUGGGGUGGUGGAAAGUGUGCGCGCGCGGUGGAGGAGAGGGAUUCAUCUGGCGUAGCUUUAUGGCUCCAACCUUGGUUAACACGAAUGCCUGUAUAUGAUGUCAGCGGACAACACCUACCGAUAUGCUGAUAUCAAUUAUGUGAUUGGACUGCAGAAUUUAGGGCACCAGUAAUUGUUUCAAUUACCCCAGUAUUCUGUACCUGGGUAGCCUUUCGAACGGGAGAAAAAUCCAGCCAGUCGUACCUGUAUCAACUUCCUUACGCCGAUGUACAUAGCAGCAUGCAUGUCAAUAGCCUCCAUAGCACUAUUAUGAC